CCACGGUCCUCGUAAAAUGGGUUCAGAUGACUCGAGUGGGAGUGAGGGGGAGGAAGAUGAUGCAGGAGAUCUGCUCCAGAGAAGGAGAGAGGAAUGCGAGCGAAAAGCUCGGAGAGGAGAAAUGGAUCCAAGGCUGGAAUUCACGUUCCAGCUCUUGAUAGACGGCACGGGACUCCAUCGCACCGACAUCAUGGACCACGUGUUCGAUGGAAAUAUGCUGGACGAGAUAAAUCAGCUAUUCCUACCGCACAUGCGCAACAAACUAUUAUGGUUUUACCAGGAGGUUGAUGAACCUGAUCCAACUCCUCCCGUCGAAACAGUGAAAGCAACCGGCCUGAGAGCAGUGGCAGCCGCCCUACCCAAAGCACAGGCAGGUCCCAGUGGUUCGCACAAAAAGAAGAAACUGUUCCUGACGGAUGGGUGGCAAGUGCCUCUCACCGGCAUCUGCAUCUAUAUGUUCAGGCUCAACACCGGCAAGCAGCUUCCCGAAGAGGGCUUUCAUAAGGACCUUUUCUCUGGAAUAAUCGAUGCUACGAAGAUUGGACUUGUGACAUCAGUUCAGCGAGUGAUGGAGCAUGUGUUCAUGGAGGCGUUGGCUCAUCCAUCUCCGGAAAGCGAAGAGGAAGAGGGCAAUUGCUUCAUGGUCAAGAAUCAACUCCUGCCGGGACUGCGAUCAUUUUGUAGCGCAUUGAAAGUAUGUGAAGAGGUUUGCGAUGAGCCCAAUUUCUUCCUUGAUAACAUCAUCAUACUGCAGAAUGUGGGCAAUGCUGCUGAAGCCAAAGAACUCAUAAGAAAUCCCAUCAAUGUGCAGACACUUGAAGAAAGAGUUAAGCAGUGGGUCAAGCAUGUACAAGAGCAAGUGUUGAUGGAAAGUGAACAACUCAGGAAAGAGAACGACUCAAGUGGACCUCAAGAUGAGCUCGAGUAUUGGAAAAAGAGAGGUGCUCAAUUUUCACAGAUAGUAUCCCAACUGAAGAGUUCUGAGGUACAAUUGACAAUCCAGUGUCUCCUACUUGCACGCAGCAAAACUGUGAGGCAGUGGAAAGAAACAGAUUAUAAAAUAACUUACUGCUAUAAUGAGGCCAGAGAUAAUGCCAAGUUUAUACAAGCAAUGGAAAAAUGCUGUCACGCUCUCUACCUGCAUGAUCCAGUGCGAAUGAAAGACUCAAUCCUCAGCCUGCUGCAGACUGUUAGACUCAUUCACAGCGUUUCUCAGUUCUACAAUACAUCCGAGCGUACAUCAUCUUUGAUGGUGAAGGUGAGUAAUCAGAUGAUAGAACAGUGCAAGCAGUACGUGACAUGUCGAGGCAAGGAGACCAUCUGGUCGCAGGAGAGAAGCGACGUCCGCGAGAAACUGCUCAACUGCAUUCGCCUCAACAGAGUCUACCACAACACCUACACUCUCGUCAAGCGCCAGCCCUUCCUGCCCAACCAGACCCCGUUCAGCUUCUCUGAAAACUACGUUUUCGGCAAAUUCGACGGCUUCUGCGAUCGGUUGGGCAAAAUCAUAUCAGUGUUCGAUCUGCUCGAUGACUAUAAUAGCUUGUUCGAAAGGAGAAUGGAAGGACUACUCCUUGGAGAAGCGCUUGAUGAAUCAAUGAAAAUAUUCGAGGUGGCCAAAACUGGAGUGAUGAGUAAAGAAUACGAUUACCUUGAUCAACGGAAUAAUGAAUUCGAUACGGAUUUCGAUAUUUUCAUUCAAAGAACAACUGAUCUCAGAGAGCAUGUCGGUAAUUUGAUUGAGGAGAAUUUCGCCAGCGUUUGGGAGAGCCCUCAAGGCAUACGAUUUCUCACACGUUUUGAAAAGGUUAGUGAGAAAAUUCCAUUAACACGUAUGGACGAAAAGUACAGUCGUAUAUUGAAGUACUGUGAACAGGAAGUUGAGAGAAUCCUGAAGUUAUUUCGCAAGCAAAAAGAUGACCCACCAUUGUCAAGGAAUUUUCCUCCAAUUGCAGGGCGUAUAAAAUGGUCGCGAUCGUUGCAUUGUCACCUGGACGACUUGGUGAGCAGCGCCUCGGCGCAUCCCGUGCUGAAGGUGAUGCCCACCACCAUUGAGUUGGUCAGGAAGUACAACUACGUCGCCAACACACUCAUCAACUACGAGGAAGAGCUCAAGAACAUGUGGAUGAAUCAUAAUGUGUGGGUAGUUGACGAGUGUCUGAACAAGAGUCUGCUCACAAUCUCUGAAGAAAGCGGGAAGUUCAAAGUUAACCUGGAUGAACGCAUUGUUCUACUCAUCCGUGAGUCUGAAUGCCUGAAUAAAAUGGGACUUCCUGUUCCAGUUGUCACCAAAACUUUACUCACCAAAGCAGAUUACUUUACACAUGUUAACGACUCUCUUCAGUUCCUAUUGAACCGGUUCCUGGGCACAGUGAGACGUGUCAAGUUGGACGUGCGGCCCUUAUUCCUACCGCAACUGGUGCGUCUGGCAAGCAUGCUAUCACCUGCCUUGAAUAGCAUCAACUGGACUGAUCCAUCCUGGAAAACGUUCCUGAAAAACACCACCGACGCUAUACAAGAUUUUGAUGUGCUUGUUACCAGAUAUUGCCGACCGGGUUGGUCUGCUGGUAAGGAGCAUUACAAACUUCGGUCUGCUAACACCGUCUGGGUUCGAAUCCCGCCGCUUGCAUGGACGUUUGAUCACCUCAUCAAUUCACCAACCCAUCUUCCAUUACCCACGCACAAGCGAAAAGCUUAUGAAUUGAAUCGUAAGAGUCUGAUGGUUGAAGAAGCAGUCGAGGAAGUUCUUGAGCUGGUGAGGAAAGCUGCUGAGGAUAUGAAAGCUAAUCAAGAAGGAGAAUUCGAUUUCCUCGAUGGCAUCGAGGCGGGUGACAGCCAAUCAGGGGGCGCGAUCACCCCGUCCAAUCAGCAGCAACAGCAGCAGCAGCAGCAGGAUUGGAGCGACAUCUGGGAGUGCUUCGAGAACCCACAGACGUUGCUGGUUAACGGAGGCGGUCUGUCCAAGGUGAUGCAGGAGAUGGUGCGCAAUGCCGUCUCCGAGAUGAGGCGCUACUACAGUCGCAAGGUCGUCGACGUACUCAUCAAGGUCACGCGCCACUCGCUCGACUGUCUCCGGCGCAGUUUUCUCAAUUGUGCCGACGGCACUCCGAUCUUCGUGCUGAACGCGAUCCUGAUGAUUCCGAACGUGGUGAUCCGGCCGAGCCUGGACGAGGUGCAGGAAGCCCUGAUGACGGCUGGCAAGAGCAUGACUGGCGUCGCCAAGGGUGUCGCGCAGUGGACCGGCGGAAAGUCGUCGGCAUGGAAACGCUUAGGCGGGGGUAUGGGUGGUCGCAUGCAGCCUGCAUCUGAGGGUCGCAACCGAGCCCUGGCUGACGUGGUGUCGCGCCUGGAACAGGGCCCCUCACUCCACGUGUCCGAGGAUCUGCGCACGCGCAGACGCAAGCUCUACCGGCUGGCGUCCGAACAGAAGCCCGCCUUUCCCUUCCAGCAUCGUAACUUCUACAGCCACGUCAUGGAGAACAAGGAGGUCAUGAAGAUGAUGGCGCUGCUCUCCACUUGCACGCAGGAUGUCAAGCCGGAGUUGACUUUAUUCUUGGAGAGAUGGUCACCGUUCAAAUUUCUGUGGGAGAAUGAGAGCACCAAGAAAGACAUCCAGAGUGUGAAUCUGCUUGAGUCUGAAUCGUCACUUCGCAGACACAAAGAACUGGAAGCUCAGCUUGUCAUCGAGCCUGAAUAUUUUCUUUUCACAGCCAGUAUCACCAUCUCGGUCGAACGUUUGAAAUUCGGUUUGGUUACUGAGUUGAAAUCCUGUACACACAAGAUUGGCACAAUGCUGAAGAAAAAGUACAGGAGAGAGAUGGACUAUGUGUAUGCCGUUAUGAGUGAAAUGGACCGCAAACUGGAUCGACCAAUCAGGGACCUCGACGAUGUGCGACUGGUCAUGGAGACACUCAAGAAGAUCAGAGAACAAGAAGUCGAUAUGGAGCUCAGGAUUGAGCCGAUUGAGGAAGCAUUCAAUUGUGUCACUCGUUACGAUAUACCUGUAGACAGAGAGGAUCUUGAGAGUGUUGACAGCUUGCGCUACUCGUGGCAGCGUAUGCUAGGCCGCGCAAUGGACGUGAACGUCCUUCUGCUGACGAUGCAGCCUCACUUCCAGGAAGACCUGCGCAACAACCUGGAGCGGUUCCGCCUGGACAACAUCGAGUACUGCCACGAGUAUCGCACCUCGGGUCCCAUGAUGCCUGGGCUCACGCCGCGGGAGGCCUCCGAUCGGCUCAUACUCUUCCAAAACCGCUUCGAUGGGAUGUGGCGCAAACUGCAGACCUACCAGAACGGCGAGGAGUUGUUUGGCCUGCCACAGACCGACUACCCCGAGCUGGCACAGAUUCGCAAGGAGCUCAACCUGCUGCAGAAGCUAUACAAGCUGUACAAUGACGUCAUCGACCGAGUCAGCAGCUACUACGACAUCCCUUGGGGAGAGGUCAACAUCGAGGAAAUCAACAACGAGUUGAUGGAGUUCCAGAACCGAUGUCGCAAGCUGCCCAAGGGUCUCAAGGAAUGGCCAGCCUUCCACGCGUUGAAGCGCACAAUAGACGACUUCAACGACAUGUGUCCGCUGCUUGAGCUGAUGGCCAACAAGGCCAUGAAGCCGCGCCAUUGGCAGAAGAUCAUGGAAGUAACCAAAUACAAUUUUGAACUGGACAGUGAAGGAUUCUGUCUGAAGAAUAUUCUCGAAGCUCCGCUGCUCAAGAACAAAGAAGACAUUGAGGACAUCUGUAUAUCAGCGAUGAAGGAGAAGGACAUUGAAGGAAAACUGAGACAGGUGACGAACGAGUGGUCGGUGCAUGAGCUGACAUUCAUGACAUUCAACAACCGCGGUGAGCUGCUGCUGAGGGGUGACACCACUGCCGAAACCAUAGGGCAGCUCGAGGACAGUCUUAUGGUUCUUGGCUCACUUCUCUCCAACCGUUACAACGCACCGUUCCGUAAGCAGAUUCAGCAAUGGGUGUACGAUCUGGGAAAUACGAACGAGAUCUUGGAGCGCUGGCUCCUGGUACAGAACAUGUGGGUCUAUUUGGAGGCUGUAUUUGUCGGCGGAGACAUUGCCAAACAACUUCCCAAGGAAGCUAAAAGAUUCAGCAAAAUAGACAAGUCUUGGCAGAAGAUUAUGCAGCGUGCCCAUGAGACUCCAGGUGUUGUGUCCUGCUGUGUGGGCGAUGACAUGCUUAAACAACUACUGCCACAUCUCCAAGAACAACUGGAACUCUGUCAGAAGUCACUCAGCGGCUAUUUGGAGAAGAAGCGUAUGAUGUUCCCGAGAUUCUUCUUUGUGUCGGAUCCUGCAUUACUCGAGAUUCUCGGCCAGGCUUCAGAUUCGCAUACAAUUCAGAACCAUCUCCUGUCGAUAUUUGAUAAUACACGAUCUGUAAAGUUCCAUGACAUUGAAUACAACAAGAUGACUGCUAUUAUUUCAUCCGAGGGAGAAGUUAUCCAGCUGGAGAGAGCAGUAAGAGCUGAAGGAAGCGUGGAAACCUGGCUAACUUGUCUACUGCAAACAUCUCAGAUGUCACUCCAUUCCAUAAUUCGUACCGCACACACAGUUAUCAACGAUCCCAACUUCAACCUUCUUGUUUUUCUUGACAAAAUGCCUGCACAGAUUGGCAUACUCGGUAUUCAAAUGAUUUGGACAAGAGACUCGGAACUAGCACUGAUGCAGGCCAGAUCCGACAAGAAGUUGAUGCCAGAGACAAAUAAUAAAUUUCUGGAGCUGCUCAAUACUCUGAUCGAUCAAACAACCCGUGACUUGAAUCGUUUAGAAAGAACAAAGUUUGAAACGCUCAUUACAAUUCACGUUCAUCAGAGAGAUAUAUUUGACAUACUGUGUCGUUUGAAUGUGCGUUCAGUGAACGACUUUGAGUGGCUGAAGCAGUGCAGAUUCUAUUUCAAAGAAGACUUGGAUAAGACGUGGAUCUCAAUCACUGACGUCACUUUCACUUAUCAGAAUGAAUACCUGGGCUGCACUGAGAGACUGGUUAUCACUCCCCUCACUGACAGAUGCUACAUAACCCUGGCACAAGCACUGGCGAUGAGUAUGGGAGGCUCCCCUUGUGGGCCUGCGGGAACCGGCAAGACUGAGACCGUGAAGGACAUGGGCAAAACUCUGGCCAAGUAUGUGGUCGUAUUCAACUGCUCCGAUCAGAUGGACUACAGGGGUCUUGGCAGAAUUUACAAAGGCCUAGCGCAGUCAGGCUCGUGGGGCUGCUUCGACGAGUUCAAUCGCAUAGAGCUGCCCGUGCUGUCAGUAGCCGCCCAACAGGUGGCUGUCGUCCAGGCUGCCAAGAAGGAGAAGAAGAAGCAGUUCGUCUUCACCGACGGUGACGUCAUCGAUAUGUGUCCCGAGUUUGGCAUAUUCAUCACCAUGAAUCCAGGAUAUGCUGGGCGUAAAGAGCUACCCGAAAAUUUGAAGAUUCAGUUCCGCACAGUGGCUAUGAUGGUACCUGACAGGCAGAUUAUUAUAAGAGUAAAGUUGGCUAGCUGCGGUUUCCUGGAGAAUAUCACUCUUGCAAGAAAGUUCUACACUCUGUAUAAACUCUGUGAGGAACAGCUAACAAAACAGGUGCAUUACGAUUUUGGUCUGCGAAACAUAUUGUCUGUGUUGAGAACACUGGGUGCAGCAAAGCGUGUCAAUUCGAAAGAUUCUGAAAGUACUAUUGUGAUGAGAGUUCUCAGGGACAUGAAUCUCUCCAAGCUGAUUGACGAGGAUGAGCCUCUGUUUAUAUCUUUGGUUGCUGAUCUAUUCCCGAACCAAGUGCUGGAGAAGACAUCCUACCCACAACUGGAGUCAGCUAUUCUUGGCCAAGUAGAGGAGGCUGGACUCAUUUAUCAUCCGCCGUGGGUUCUCAAACUUAUACAAUUAUAUGAAACCCAAAGAGUUCGCCAUGGUAUAAUGACACUGGGACCGGCAGGUGCUGGCAAAACCGCAUGCAUUCACACACUGAUGAAAGCACUCACAGUCUGUGGUGAGCCUCACAGAGAAAUGAGAAUGAAUCCGAAAGCGAUCACAGCCGCUCAAAUGUUUGGGAGAUUGGAUGUAGCUACUAAUGAUUGGACUGAUGGAAUAUUCGCCGCUCUCUGGAGGAAAACGUUCAAGAUAAAGAAAGGCGACCACGUGUGGCUUGUGCUGGAUGGGCCAGUGGACAGCAUCUGGAUUGAGAACCUGAACUCAGUGCUGGACGACAACAAGACCCUGACACUGGCCAACGGCGAUCGGCUCAGCAUGGCGCCCACCUGCAAGAUCAUAUUCGAGCCGCACAACAUCGACAACGCCUCUCCCGCCACUGUCUCUCGAAAUGGAAUGGUUUAUAUGAGCUCUUCGGGCCUGGACUGGAAGCCAGUACUGGAUGCUUGGCUGAAGACACGCACCGCCAAGGAGGUGGGGGUGUUCCAGCAGCUGUUUGAUGAGUCAUUCGCAGUCAUGUACUCGUGGGGCACGCAGAAUCUCAACCUCACAAUGAAAGUUCUUCAGUGCAAUAUUGUGCAACAGAUGCUUUACAUGCUGCAAGGCCUGGUUCCCACUGAAAUAGAAGUGGAGGAGCCUGAGCCUAAGGCCCCUGAAGUUGAAGAAGGAGAUGACAAAGAGCCCAAAGAAGUGAAAGAAGUAGUUGUCAAAUUAAGCGCCGAACACUUGAAACGGCUCUAUGUGUUCUCUCUGAUUUGGGGAAUGGGUGCAUUUUUGGAUAAUGCCGAUCGAGCCAAGUUCGACACUUUCUUGAGAGAAAAGCUAGUGCAUUUGGAUCUGCCUAAAUCACAUGUCAGGCCUGGAGCAACUGUAUUCGACUUUGUAGUCGGCAAAGAAGGUAAAUGGGAGCUAUGGGACUCCAUGCUAUCACACUACACCUAUCCAGAAAACUCCACACCAGAUUACAGCAGCAUACUGGUGCCGAUAAUAGAUAAUGUGCGCAUUGAUUAUCUGAUCAACUGUAUAGCCAAGCAGGGUAAAGCAGUGAUAUUGAUUGGAGAAGGAGGAUCUGCGAAGACUGUCAUGAUGAAAGCCUACAUGAAGAAGUCGAGUCCAGAGGUCCAUUUGAGUCGGUCGUUCAACUUCUCUUCAGCUACCAGUCCUUAUCAAUUUCAGAAAACAAUUGAAAGCUACGUUGAAAAGCGAAUGGGUAAUAUGUUCGGUCCAUCUGGUGGAAGGAAGAUGACUGUGUUCAUUGAUGAUAUCAACUUGCCAGAAAUAAAUGAAUGGGGCGACCAGGUGACCAACGAAAUAGUACGGCAAACUAUGGACAUGAAAGGCUUCUACAGCCUUGAAAAACCUGGAGAGUUCAUCACCAUCGUUGAUGUGCAGUUUGUUGCGGCAAUGAAUCAACCAGGUGGAGGUCGAAAUGAUAUACCAUCGCGUCUGAAGAGGCAGUUCUGUAUAUUCAACUGUCCUCUACCCUCGGAUGCAUCAAUCGAUAAGAUAUUCUCUGUUAUUGGAGAAGGUCACUACAAUGUGAAAAGAGGCUUCACUGCGGAAGUGCGCAGUCUCAUCAAACAGCUCAUACCUCUCACUCGUCUUUUGUGGCAGAGAACAAGGAUAAAACUGCUGCCAACUCCAGCCAAAUUUCAUUACGUAUUCAGUUUACGAGAUUUGUCUCGCAUUUGGCAAGGCAUGGUUGGUACACUUAGCACUGUCAUUGAUAGUGAGGAUGUUCUUAUGGUGCUGUGGAAACAUGAGUGCACCAGAGUCUUCUCUGAUAGGUUCACUUUGAAGUCUGACAAAGAAUGGUUUGAUGGAGCGUUAUUAGAACUUGUUGAAGAGAAACUGGGACCUCAAUACAAAGAAAAGUCUCUUCCAGAUCCUGUAUUUGUGGAUUUUAUGAGAGAUGCGCCAGAGCCGACUGGCGAGGAGGGAGAGGACACAGACAUGGAGCUGCCCAAGGUGUACGAGCCUGUCUCCAACUAUGACGAGCUGAGGGAGCGCCUCGACAUGUUCCUCGCUCAGUUCAAUGAAAUGGUGCGUGGAGCUGGCAUGGACCUUGUCUUCUUCCCUGACGCCAUGAUGCAUUUGGUCAAGAUUUCAAGAGUUAUAAGACAUCCGAGAGGCAACGUUAUGCUGGUGGGAGUGGGUGGCUCAGGAAAGCAGUCAUUGACGAAGUUAGCUUCAUUUAUUGCUGGCUACAAAACCUUCCAAAUCGCCCUCACAAGAUCCUAUAACGUGGCCAACUUCCUCGAAGACUUGAAACUUCUGUACAGAACUUGUGGUGUGCAGGGGAAAGGAACCACUUUCAUAUUCACUGACUUGGAUAUCAAAGAAGAAGGAUUCUUAGAGUAUCUCAAUAAUAUUCUAUCAUCAGGUGUAAUUUCAAAUUUGUUCACCAAGGAUGAGCAGCAAGAAAUCAUAUCAGAGUUGACGCCAGUCAUGAAACGUGAGAACCCCAAGUGCGCUCUAACACAUGAAAAUGUCAUGGAACAUUUCCUAGUUCGCACUUGCCAGAAUUUACACGUUGUCUUCUGCUUUUCUCCUGUUGGAGAGAAGUUUCGCAACCGGGCACUGCGCUUCCCGGCACUUGUGUCGGGCUGUACGAUCGACUGGUUCCAGCCGUGGCCGAAGGAUGCGCUGGUGGCGGUCGCCGAGCACUUCAUCUCCGACUUUGAGAUCGAGUGCACCGAUGACGUCAAGCGCGAACUGGUCAAUGCACUCGGAUUCAUUCAGGACGUCGUCUCCACCACCUCCAGCGAGUACUUUCAGAGGUACCGACGCGCCACACACGUAACCCCGAAAUCGUACCUAAAUUUCAUCGGUGGUUACAAGACCAUUUACAAGCAGAAACAGAAGGAGCUGGGAGAGGGAGCCGCUCGCAUGGACACAGGUCUGGCUAAACUGGAGGAAGCGUCCGGCUCGGUGGAGAUGCUGAAGCACGAACUGGCGCUGAUGGAACGGGAGCUGGCGCUGGCCUCGCAGAAGGCAGAGCACGUGUUGGCCGAGGUGACGGAGCGAGCCAUGCAGGCCGAGGCUGUCAAGGACCAGGUGAUGUGCGUCAAGGAGAAAGCCGAGGCACUUGUGGCGGGCAUCGCCCACGAGAAGGCACUCGCCGAGGAGAAGCUCGAGGCUGCUAAGCCGGCCCUCGAAGAGGCUGAGGCGGCGCUCAAUACUAUCAAACCGGCGCAUAUUGCCACUGUCCGCAAACUGGGCCGUCCUCCGCACCUCAUAAUGCGCAUCAUGGACUGUGUGCUCAUACUCUUCCAGCGAAAACUGCAUGCUGUCAUCGCCGACACUGCUGCUCCCUGUCCCAAGCCGUCCUGGGCUGAGUCAUUGAAGAUGAUGGCCAGCACAACGUUUCUGCUGCAACUGCAAAACUACCCGAAAGACAUAAUCAACAAUGAGAUGGUUGAGCUGCUGCAGCCUUACUUCGAGAUGGAGGACUACAACAUGGACACGGCCAAGCGAGUGUGUGGAGACGUGGCCGGGCUGCUCUCCUGGACCAAAGCCAUGUCCUUCUUCCAUAGCGUCAAUAAAGAAGUUCUUCCGCUCAAGGCAAACCUGACGCUGCAAGAAGCGCGCCUGAAGCUGGCGAUGGACGACCUGUGGCGGGCUGAGCAGGAGUUGGCGGCGCGUGAGACGGCGCUGGGCGAGGUGAAGGCUCAGUACGACGCAGCGGUCAGCGACAAGCAGCGACUCACCGAUGCCGCCAACGUGUGCCUGCGAAAGAUGACCGCUGCCACGGCACUCAUCAACGGCCUUGGCGGCGAGAAGGUGCGCUGGACCCAGCAGAGCAAGGAGUUCAAGAAGCAGCUCGGCAGAUUGGUAGGAGACGUUGUUCUGGCGACAGGAUUUCUCUCGUACUGCGGCCCCUAUAAUCAGGAGUUCCGCGCCGGACUGGUCAAGAGCUGGAUGAUCAUUUUGAAAACUCGCUGCAUUCCCUUCACGGCUAAUCUGAACAUCACCAACAUGCUAGUCGACUCUGCUAAUGUGUCAGAAUGGACUCUACAAGGUCUUCCAAAUGAUGAGCUAUCCGUUCAAAAUGCUCUCAUUGUUACAAAAUCCUCGUCGUAUCCUCUGCUUGUUGAUCCACAAAACCAGGGAAAGAUGUGGAUAAAAAAUAAGGAGUCAACAAAUGAGUUACAGAUCUCAUCACUGAAUCAUAAGUACUUUAGAACUCACUUGGAGGAUAGUUUGUCUCUUGGAAGACCUCUACUCAUCGAGGAUGUCGGAGAAGAACUUGAUCCUGUCAUUGAUAACGUUUUGGAAAAGAAUUUCAUCAAGUCUGGCUCAAUCGAAAAGGUUGUUGUUGGAGAUAAGGAGAAUGAUGUCAUGCCUGGCUUUAUGCUGUACAUCACAACUAAACUUCCCAACCCUGCUUACUCGCCAGAGAUCAGCGCUAAAACCUCCAUAAUUGAUUUCACUGUAACAAGACAAGGCUUAGAAGACCAACUUCUUGGUCGUGUGAUAUUGAUGGAGAAAUCUGAUCUGGAAGCAGAGAGGGUUGCCCUUUUUGAAUCAGUGAUGCAGAAUCAAAGAAGCAUGAAAGAAUUAGAAAGCAAUCUCCUUCAUAGACUUACAUCAACUCAGGGCUCAUUGGUGGAUGACGAGGCACUAAUCCAAGUACUGCAGGAGACAAAAACAACAGCCGAAGAAGUGAACGCGAAGCUGCAGGUGUCAGAAGUGACCGAGCGCAAGAUCAUGAUUGCUCGCGAGGAGUUCAGGGCGGUCGCUGCUCGGGGAUCCAUUCUCUACUUCCUCAUUGUCGAGAUGAGCAAUGUCAACGUCAUGUACCAGAACUCGUUGAAACAGUUCCUCAACAUUUUCGACAGCUCAAUCACCAAGUCAGCAAAAAGCUCUGUAACUGAAGAAAGAAUCGAGAAUAUUUUAUGUUAUCUAACACAUGAGGUGUGGAAGUUCACUCUGCGCAGUCUUUACGAGCGUCACAAGCCUCUCUUCACUCUCAUGCUUGCUAUGAAAAUUGAUGUCUAUAAAGGCAUGAUAACACAUGAAGAAUUUCUAGCAUUUAUAAAAGGUGGAGCCUCCUUGGAUCUGAAUGCAGUUACUCCGAAACCAUUCAGAUGGAUUCUUGACAUAACUUGGUUGAAUCUUGUGGAAAUCAGUAAACUCGCCACCUUCUCCACUGUCUUGACAAAAAUCAAGCAGAAUGAGCGUGACUGGCGCAAUUGGUACGAAAAAGAAAGACCCGAAGAAGAAGAAAUACCUUGUGGCUACCACAAAUCGCUCGAUGUUUUUAGAAAAUUGCUCCUUAUCCGAUCCUGGUGUCCAGACAGAACAUUGUCUCAAGCAAGGAGAUACAUUGUAGAGUCACUUGGCCCAGAAUACGGCGAGGCCUGUAUCCUGGACUUGGAAGCCACCUGGGAGGAGUCCGAACCCAGAACGCCUCUCAUCUGCAUUCUGUCUAUCGGCUCAGAUCCAUCACCCCAGAUCACUGCUCUAGCUAAAUCGAAGGAGAUUUGCUUGAGAUCGGUGUCAAUGGGCCAGGGCCAAGAGCUGCACGCUCGCCGCCUGAUCAACGACGCCAUGUUGAAUGGGGGAUGGGUGCUGCUGCAGAACAUCCACCUCUCGCUGCCCUUCUGCAACGAGGCCAUGGACGCCCUUCUGGACACCGACAAGGUCGAGGACAGUUUCCGCCUCUGGAUGACCACCGAGGUGCAUCAGCAGUUCCCCAUCGGAUUGCUUCAGAUGGCUAUAAAAUUCACCAAUGAACCUCCUCAAGGCAUAAGAGCAAGCAUGAAGAGAACCUACCAGAGUAUUAAUCAGGAUACAUUGGACUAUUCAUCGCAGCAGCAAUGGCCGCCACUGUUGUAUGCAGUGGCGUUCCUUCACACAGUCGUCCAGGAGAGACGCAAGUUCGGACCUCUGGGAUGGAACAUUCCCUACGAGUUCAACCAGGCUGACUUUGCUGCCAGCGUGCAGUUCAUUCAGAACCAUCUUGAUGAUAUGGAUCCGAAAAAGGGUGUCUCAUGGCCUACUGUUUGCUACAUGCUUGGUGAGGUGCAGUACGGGGGAAGAGUAACUGACGAUUUCGACAAGAGACUCCUCAUCACAUUCACACACGUAUGGUUUUGUGAUGUCUUAUUGAGGCCUGGAUUUGAAUUUUAUAAAGGCUACAAAGUUCCUAUCACAAAAAAUCUCCAGGGCUAUGUGGACUAUGUAAAUCAGCUUCCAGCGACUGAUACUCCCGAGGUGUUUGGAUUGCAUGCUAAUGCUGACAUCACAUACCAGAUAAAUACGGCUAAAGGCAUACUGGACACAAUCCUGAGUGUGCAGCCCAAGGAAGGAGGUAGUGGGGGAGGCGAAUCACGUGAAUCAGUCGUCUACAGUUUGGCUGAGGACAUGCUUGAAAAGUUGCCCAAGCAGUAUAAUAGCUUCGAGGUACGAGAGGCAUUACAUAGAAUGGGCGCAUUGUUACCAAUGAAUAUUUUCCUGCGUCAGGAAAUUGACAGGAUACAGCGCGUCAUAAAAACAGUUCAAUCGACUUUGGUGGACUUGAAGCUGGCCAUCGAUGGCACAAUCGUCAUGAGUCAGGGACUGAGAGACUCGCUGGAUGCCAUGUACGAUGCUCGUAUACCAGAUCGAUGGCAAAAGGUUUCGUGGGAGUCAGCCACUCUUGGUUUCUGGUACACAGAACUGCUCGAACGAGACAGCCAAUUCCGCAGAUGGGUUCAAAAUGGACGACCAAACGUCUUUUGGAUGACUGGCUUUUUCAAUCCUCAAGGCUUUUUAACCGCUAUGAGACAAGAAGUGACUCGAGCGCACAAAGGCUGGGCGUUGGACUCGGUGGUGCUGCAAAACCUGAUCACACGGCACAGCAAAGAGGAGUUGAGUGAUUCGCCGCCAGAGGGAGUCUAUGUGCACGGCCUGUUCCUGGAGGGCGCCAGCCUGGAUCGACGCUCCGGCAAACUCACCGAGAGCAAGCCGAAAGUGCUCUACGAGCAGAUGCCCGUUAUCUACAUCUACGCGAUUAAUACCACGCUGGGCAAAGACCCCAAGCUGUACGAGUGUCCCAUCUAUCGUAAGCCGCAGCGCACCGAUCAGAAGUACGUCGGUUCGAUCGAUUUCGAGACGGAGAACAACCCGAGGCACUGGACGUUGAGAGGAGUCGCGCUUCUCUGCGAUAUCAAGUAGAUGCUUCAGUUUCCCGAUGAAAUAUAGAUAGAAAGAUGAAUGGUUUUUAAAAAUGUUUUAAAACAAUAUUAUAGAAAUAUCAACUUUUAGGUAUUAUGUAGAAAGAGAAAUAUUUUCAUAGAUGAUGUGAAACUCAUAAAAUAGAAAUAUAAACAUCAACUGAUGUUGAUGUAAGAAAUACAUAUUUAUAGAAGUUGUGAAUUAUUUCAGUCAGAUUUAUUCUACAGCCUAUAUACAUCAACUAGGAGGGACAUUUUUUUCAUCCACUGAUUGGUCAUAAAUAAAAGACGAACAUUUUAAUAAUAAUUUUUCAAUAAUAGAAGAAGAAUUUUUCUACUAGAAGUUAUACUGAUUUUUAUCAACAUGAUUGCCGUGAAGGUUGAGGAAUUUCUUAAACCAAUGGACCAGCCUACCAAAAUCCUCUUCAUAAGAUGCUACCAUCUGAUUAGUUUAAGUGGGCUACAACGUUGAUACGGAGCUCGUCGUUAGUUUGGAAGCUUUACCAUCAAAGGCAUGUCUUGAGUUUGGGGGAAAGGUAUACGUUGAUUGUAGCCAAGUCUAGUUUGUAUGGUGAGUGAUCGAAAAUAUCCGAUUUGAUUUGCUGGAGAAGCUGUUUGGUUGCUGAGACCGAAUCAUGUCGAUUCCGGAAGUCAUUUUAACUGACGUCACGCACAAUAUCAUCACUCAUCACGUUUCCUACGUAAACUUGAAUCAUUCUUUGUUAGAUUUAUGCUGAACUAUUGCCUUUUGCUUGCGAAACCAAGUAACGCUAUGUAACUAGCACAUGGCGGUAGACUCAAGUGAGGCGGCCAUGUUUAUGGGGCCUAACUCGACAACAAUUGAUAAUCUGGCUGUUCCGAUGACAGGGAUUUUGGUGGGGAUGACAAGCUAUUCAGCAAUGUGAAAAUCGCCCCCAUGCCGCUUGUCUGUGUCCUAUGAUAUUGGAGGUUGAAAAAGAAAUGACCCUGGUAGAUCAUUUUUUGGAGCUGUUAAAAAUAUUGUUACGUUACUGUUUUUUGUUACGGUAGGCUACUGAAUAGGAAAAACUGUGUAUGAUAUUUUGAGACUCAAUUUAAAAAAUGGAAUUUUUGUAUCAUUCACAGUUUUUCCAUCAAAAAUUAGUUUUUUCUUGGUUUCAUGUCAGUGGAUGACAAUAAAAUAAUUAGUCGACAUUCAUUAGAAAAUCAAAUACUAUAUUUAUUCGAUACAUUUAUGAAAUUUCAAUGUUAUUUCAACAGUUGUACAGUUAAAAUACUUGCACUAGAACAAAAUUCAAUUUAUAUUCCAGUUGAUUCAGUUUUCAUUACAACUAAUAUCUCUAGUAAAAGUAUUCAAAUCUUAAUUUCGGUACCCAAGCAAAUAGUUAUCACUUCUAUUCUUUCUAUUCUAGUGGAUAAUAAUUUCAACCUUAUAUUGUUGUAUAGUUGAAGAAAUACUAUAAAUUUAUUUUUUGCUCAUACAUCUCAACUUAUGAUGGAUGCUGUGAUCUAGAGUAAGCAAUUUUCUAGUCAUUAUACUUUAGGAAUCUAUAAAUUGGUCAUUUUUUCAACAUUGUUGUAUGGUCAGCAUUAUAUGAGUUGACCAGUAUACUGCGCAGUACUUUCAUAAGCACGAAUGUGAUUUGUUAUUGAUAUGCGAUUUCUUUCUGGAAACUGGUUAAGAUGAGUUGAAAAUUGUAUUCGACUUAAAUUAAUCAAAUAGAAAUGGAAUUCAAUAUUGAUUAAAUUUAUGAUUCAUGAAUUGGUGAACCUCAUUAUUUCCUAUAUCAGUGGAAAAAAUAAAUAAAAAGAUUGGAUGGAUAGCAAAGUAUGUGUCGACUUGGAAUUCAGGCAGAUGGGUAAUGCGGUUGAGGUAGGAGUAAAAUAGGUUCACUUGAAUAUACAACAUAUUCGUAUAUUUCUCCUAUUAUAAAUAGUAUGACUAUGUCAUCUAAGUUCUACUACAAAUUUUACUUUUCAUUAAAUCUGUACUUUUUCAAGUUAAUUAAAAUAAUUCGAACUCACUGGAAAUUUAUCAUUUGAAAAAAUAAACUAGUAUGUUGUUGAAUAACCUGUUGAAUUUUUGUUCCUCAUUGGAUAUCUAUUCAUAAAUAUAGAAUCCAAAUUCACGUAGACUUCGAUUUCAUUAUUCCUCAAGUUGUUGCUGUUUUACAACAAAAUUUGCAUAGCUCUUAAAUGUUUGUUCAUCUUUUAUACAGUUUUUCUGUGUAAAAUGUUGACAAUAUAUUGUUGUGACUUUCAUACUUCCAUGUAUAAUUGUUGUAGAGUGUAAGUUGAAUAAAAGUUUAUUUUUCAAA